CAUUUCUAAAUAUCGGUACAAACUCCAGAAGUCGAUUAUUCCUUGGGCCGCAGUUUUGUUUUUGCAUCUCGUGAUUGUGACUUUACCCAAAAAUCAUCUACUUCCGCACAGGCCUGGAACGCACGAUCCAAGAUGGCGGCGCCUGGCAAUGAAGAGGAGGAACUAACGCAAGAGCAAACAGAGAAACUGUUACAGUUUCAGGACUUAACUGGUAUUGAUUCAAUGGACCAGUGUCGCCGUACACUUGAGCAACAUCAUUGGAACAUUGAGGCAGCUGUUCAGGAUAGGCUAAAUGAACAAGAAGGCGUUCCCAGUGUCUUCAACCCACCUUCCUCUCGCCCACUUCAAGUCCACACAGCAGAUCAUAGAGUCUAUAGUUAUGUAGUUUCAAGACCUCAGCCUAGGGGUCUCUUAGGAUGGAGUUAUUACUUGAUAAUGCUUCCUUUCCGAUUCACCUAUUACACGCUGCUGGACAUUUUUAGAUUUGCUAUAAGAUUUAUACGACCAGAUCCUAGGAGUCGUGUUACUGAUCCUGUUGGGGAUGUAGUAUCGUUUAUUCAAAAUUUUGAGGAACAGUAUGGAAGGAUCCAUCCAGUCUUUUAUCAAGGAACUUACAGUCAGGCACUGAAUGAUGCUAAACGAGAGCUACGCUAUUUACUAGUUUACCUUCAUGGAGAUGACCAUCAGGACACGGAUGAGUUCUGCCGUAAUACAAUGUGCAACCCAGAAGUUGUAAACUUCAUCAACACUAGGAUGCUUUUCUGGGCCUGUUCCACAAGUAAGCCAGAAGGCUACAGGGUGUCUCAAGCUUUACGAGAGAAUACCUAUCCAUUCUUGGCAAUGAUUAUGCUGAAAGAGCAAAGAAUGACGGUAGUCGGUCGCUUAGAAGGUCUUCUUCGGGCUGAAGACUUUGUCAAUCAACUGACCUUUAUUAUGGAUGCUAAUGCUACAUAUUUGGUAUCAGAACGACUUGAUAGAGAGGAAAGGAAUCAGACGCAAGUGUUAAGACAACAGCAAGAUGAAGCUUAUUUGGCUUCACUUCGUGCAGAUCAGGAAAAAGAAAGGAAGAGAAAGGAGGCACAAGAAAAGAGGAGAAGGGAAGAGGAAGAUGUCAGACAACAGUUACUUGCCGAAGAAAGAAGACAACAAAGUUUGCAGGAAGAGAAAGAACGCAAGUCUGAAUGUCUUCCCCCUGAGCCUUUUCCAGACAAUCCAGACAGUGUUAAAAUUGUCUUUAAGUUGCCAAAUGAUACUCGAGUGGAGCGACGAUUUCUGUUUACCCAGUCAUUAACGGUAAUAUAUGACUUUUUGUUCUCCUUGAAAGAAACUCCUGAGAAAUUUCAAAUAGUUGCUAACUUUCCACGCAGAGUACUGCCCUGUUUGCCCACAGAGAGAGAGCCAAAUCCACCCACCCUGCAGCAAGCAGGAUUGAGUCGCUGUGAAGUCUUGUUUGUUCAAGAUCUUACCGAUGAUUGAACCAGAAAUUAACCAUGGGAUCAUUUUUUUUUAAUAGCUGCACAGUAUAACGGAUCACAGACUUUCUCACAAACGAGCCAAGUUAUUGCUGCGUUGGUUGGCAAAUGUCUAUGCAGCUAGGUCGCUCGUCAUUUCCUGGGAUGAACUGCACUGUCCAUCACUAUGCUAUUUUUUUAAAAAAAAACUCAAGCCCUGCAGCGUUGAGUGGUUUUUGAUCAGAAGAUAUGAAAGUAAAUUAACCCAUUUCUCCACCUGCAUAGACCUUAGAUUACACCAUCAGAGAACCCUUACCCUUUCUCCUGCUAAUUUUGUUUUCCCAUUUACCUAUAUUUAUGUUGUAUUUCUAUUAAAAUGAAAAAAGAAAGACCAAAGGAGGGUUGGCUGUUAUUGAAUUGUUUGAACCUUGGCUGGUUUAAGUUCUUAAUUGCCAUGGCUUUUGCUGUGGUGAAGCCUCAGUAAGUAGUUUGUCAGCCUGUAGUGCCUGUGGUAACUAGAGCCUGCUCCAUGUUUAAUACCUGUGCAGGCUUAUUGUACUCGAGGUGUAAUUUAUUCCAACAGUAUAAAUUAAAAUCAUUUUAGAAUUUUAUUGUGUUGAAUCGUUUUUCUAUGCAUAUUUCUUUUUGAACCAUUUUCUGUAAUUUCAUUACAAUUGAUGGUAGCUGUUUGGCCAAAUGUACUGGCAUUAAAAGAUUAUAUUGUCUCAACUCAUUUUGUUCUUUGAGCUUCCUAUCAUGAGUAAUGUUUAGCUUUUUGGUCAUUCUCCACUACUAAACUGACGUGUACAGUUAUUUGUUGAUACUUCAAAUUGUUUUUUGUUAGCUUUUCUGCACCUAUUUAUGAAGUGCUAUAAAUUUAGAAAAUAAAGACUUAUUUAUAGCUUCUUGUGAGAACAAGGCCAACAAAAUUUAACAUUACAGUGGAGAACGACCCCCUUUGAUAAUAUGUGCCUGAUGGCCUUAUGAUCAGUUGGCUGCAAGGCACCUAGAACAUGUACUGUUUUUUUUUCAAUGCUGUUUAGUAGGGUAUAUUGUUUAGCAUUAUUGCACUUAUUUCACUAAAUGGCAUCUUAACCAUUUGCAUGUUGUCUAUUGUUUUCCUGUUCAACCAAGAUGCAUUAUGACUUGUGUCUCAAUCUUGAAUAGAUUUUGGGUGGUAGUUAAUAAUGAAACUACUUUACCACCAAACAGCUGUUGGCCUUAAUAUCAUUCUACUAGUUCAUUUAGUUGUAAUGAUGUGAUAACAUUGGCAUUGCUUGUCUUUUAUUUUUCGCUAAUCCAAAUAGGGUUUUGUAUUUUUGAAUACAUAUAUAACAAAAAAAUGCAGAUAUAGUUUUAAUCACUGUGGAGUGUGGAAGUUUUAAUUAUUAUGAAGUGUGGAUAUACCCCAAGAUCACAUGCCUAAGUUUUCAUUAAAUGUGUAUUAUAAAUGUUAAUAUUUAGUUUGAAUUGAGUCUCAAUUAAAUUGGUAACUUUUGGAUCUGGGGGUGUUCAUUUUGGCAUUUGUUUACAGGCAGUUGGCUUUGGAUAUAAAAUGUAUUUUUAAAAUAUGCCUAUAAUGGUAAUCAAUAUCAUUUGUUUUUCAUCCAAGGCAGUCAAUGCUUCAGUUGCUAUUUGAGUUUAUUUUGGAUGAGACCAGUAUUGUAAUGGAAAAGCAGUCGGUAUUGGUUGAAACCCUUAUAUGCUGUCAACUUGGAAAAAUUUGAGGCUUUUUUUUGUAUGUAUUUUUAGAAACUUCAUUGUGACGUUAGUGGUCAUGGUUUACAUCUUACUUUGCUAUUAUCAGUUACUGAGUUAAUCGCAUUCCUUUACAUUGAGAGUAAUUGAGCAGCUGGUUGUUUGGGCUUGUUUCCAAUUGUAAUCUUCAAAAACAAUGGAAAAGCUUUACAAUCUGAAUUGCUGUAUGACCAUAUAGGAAGGGAGCUAUCGACAGCAAUGUUAUUUAAUGUUUGUGUAUAACACUUAAUUAUAAAAUAGUCUCUAAAGGUUAGGAAUUUAAGCAAGGAGGAAAUAUUUACUGAUCUGAGUAAUACUUUGCCCAUUUUGAAAAUCUCCCCCCAAGUAUUAUUGUAGCUUCAACAUCUGUUUUGUUGUCCUGCUUGAAUUAAGCCAUGCCCUUCUCCAGCAUUUUGGGAUGUUGGUGUAAUGGUCUACAUUUGAGACUGGUGCAAACUAUAAUGGAACAAGUUCCUGUUUUAAUUAAAGGACUAAAAUCUUGUAUCUUGUGCCAGAAAUUUCCCCACUUGCUAACAGUGUCCACGUAGAAAUUGUUCACAUUUGAACUGGCAGUUCGGUCGCUACUUCUGAAACUCUUGUCUUUUUUAACAUGUGCAAAUGAGAAGUGUAUUCCAGAUUGUAAUAUUUGUGAAAAAUCAGGGAAAAUCGCUUUGAAGGACCACACUUUUUUUGUUUUUUUUUAUAAUGUUUAUCAGAUUAUCAUUUUAAAAA